AUGGCCCGCUCAGAUGACGAGGAUGACUACAUGUCCAUGGUGGUAGAGGAGCCCAAGCAGAAAGAAUCGUUCACCCAGAAGAAACUCCGACUGCAGCGCGAGGCCGAGGCGCGCGGAAGAGUCCCGUCGAAAGCCGAACGUGCUGCCCAGGAGGCUCAACGGCGCGAUGAAGCUCUGGCAAAAAGCACUCUGGACCCCUCCAACAAAGGGUUCAAGAUGAUGGCGAAGCUAGGCUUCAAGCCGGGGGAUGCGCUGGGCAAACGCGUCGACGAAACUGCGGAGAGCAAUGGCUCAUCGCAGGCACGCUCGGAGCCAUUGAACUUGGUCAUGAAGGAGAACCGUGGUGGCAUCGGUCUGGAUAAUGAGAAGAAGCGCAAGAUCCGUGAGCAGGCUGAAGAAGCAGCCAAGAAGAUCAAGCGCGAAGAAGGCGACUACCGGGACCGUGUGAGAGAGGAAAGGGAACUCCGACGCAACGAAGCGCUAGUUCGGGCUGCCCAAAAGGUUGUGGAGCGAUUGGAUACAGAGGCCGAGGAAGAGGCUACGGGACAUACGGAACAAGGCGCUGGGGACGACCAGGAUGAAGGUCAAACUGAAGCAUCCGAAGGUCCAAAAGCCCAGGACACACCUCGCAGGUCGGCGCCAGUGAAACCGACUGCACAGAUCAACGUUCUCUAUCGUGGACUCAUUCGCGAGCGCCGGGACCGCGAACUCCACGCCCAGGCACGACGCGCCCUCCAAAGUUCCCUCCCUUCAUCAUUCUUCCCGAAGCAAGACCUACCGGGCUACGAAGACAGCGAAUUAGGACCAGAAGAUCAAACGGCUCUGGGGAUGAAGGUUGGACCUCACAUGACAACCUUGGAACAAGAGGUGGAAGAGGAAGAUCCGGAACUCGAGGCGUUCAAUGCGCUUGACGCCGCAGAGCGCCUCCACAAGAUUGUGGUCUAUCUGCGUGAGACUUAUCGGUAUUGCUUCUGGUGCAAGCAUCGUUACCUCACGGAUGAGGACCUAGAGAGCUGUCCCGGGUUAACCGAGGAAGACCACGAUUGA